CGUUCAGCAGUCGCAGCGCCGUCAGCAUCGUGUGGUUCGCGCGUCGUUUUCGUAAAUAUUUCUCUCUAUUAUUGUUGUUGUUGUUGCUGUGCUGUGCGCGUUACGUUUAGAGAAAGAACAACAACAACAGCAACAACAGCAGCAGCCGCAGCAGCAGCAGCAGCAAUUCAAGCAACGAACGCAACGUACGCACCCCAAAACAAAUUCGCCGUCGUUCGCCGUCGCCUUUCGCCGUCGUCGCCUUUGGAUACGAGAAUACGAAACUCUGCGCUUCCUCGACCUAUGGCGUUAUUACAUUUACCUGUUCGCGUGUGUUACCAACUGUGACAACAACAACAACAACAACAACAAGAGCAGUACACAGCCAAAGAGCCCAAAGAGUGCGUGAAAAAGUUCAGAUACGAAAAAUUAUCUUUGCCUAACUAAACUGUACAAAAAGUGCCUUAAAACGCAGCAGUUAAACAAAAAUAUUGCUAAAACUUCGAUACACACACCCACACACACACACACACGUAUACACCCACACACCCACACAUACACACACACACAACACUUGAUGCUCAAUGUGGAAAAUCGUGUUCGAAUUUUGAGUUGCGCUUUCUUUUCGCCCAUCAUUUCUACAAAAGAUCUGAAGUGUAUUUUGGUUGGUUGCCGGUCUAUAAGCCAAAUAUAUGGUAAUGGCAGAGAUUGGUGGCCAUUUGGCUCACCAGCUACCAUUGCACAAUCAUAAUCACAAUCACAAUCACAAUCACAGUCACAGCCAAACUGGAUUACAGCCAUCGCUGGUGAUGAAUCAUCACCUGGAUUUGGAUUGUCACGGCCACGAUGUGAUAAAAAAACAACGCUUGUCACAUUGCGUCGGCUGCGGCGGCCAGAUACACGAUCAGUAUAUAUUGCGCGUCGCACCGGACCUGGAAUGGCAUGCGGCGUGCUUAAAGUGCCAGGAGUGCAGGCAAUUCCUGGACGAGAGCUGUACGUGUUUUGUUCGCGAUGGCAAAACCUAUUGCAAGCGUGAUUAUGUUAGGUUAUUUGGUACAAAAUGUGAUAAAUGCGGUAACUCCUUUAGCAAAAAUGAUUUUGUGAUGCGAGCCAAGACGAAAAUCUUUCACAUCGAGUGUUUUCGUUGCUCCGCGUGCGCUCGACAAUUGCUGCCAGGCGAUGAGUUCGCGUUACGCGACGCGGGCGCCCUCUACUGCAAGGAGGAUCACGACGUCCUGGAGAAGUCCUCGCAGAGCAGCCUCACGUCCUCGUCCGUGGAGAGCAACAACAACAUUAGCAGUAGUAACAACAACAAUACAAACCUUAGCAAUAAUAACCAUUCCAGCGAACUGGGCUCAAUGUCGGAUUCUGGCAGCGAAUCGGGCUCCCACAAAAGUAUUAGGGAUAAACGUCCAUCGGGUCCCUCGGACGGGAAGCCCACGCGAGUGCGAACAGUGCUCAACGAGAAGCAGCUGCAUACCUUGAGAACCUGCUACAAUGCUAAUCCGCGACCUGAUGCGCUAAUGAAGGAGCAGCUGGUUGAGAUGACGGGCUUGUCGCCUCGUGUCAUUCGCGUCUGGUUCCAGAACAAACGCUGCAAGGACAAGAAGAAGACUAUUCAAAUGAAGUUGCAAAUGCAACAGGAGAAGGAGGGUCGCAAGCUGGGCUACGGCGCCAUGCAGGGCAUUCCCAUGAUUGCCAGCUCACCCGUGCGACACGACUCACCGCUGAAUCUGCAGGGACUCGAUGUGCAGACAUAUCAACCGCCAUGGAAAGCCUUAAGCGACUUUGCCCUGCACGCCGAUCUGGACAGCAACGGGGCCAUCAAUACGCACACGCCCGCAUUUCAGCAGCUCGUCAACCAGAUGCACGGCUACGAUUUGAAUGGAAUGCCCGUGCUGCCGCCACAUCCGCCUCAGGGACCGCACCCCCCGCCGCCGGGCCAGCAAAUGAACGGGCCGCCCGGCGGGAGCAGCCUGGACUCGGGCAUCACGUCGCACCACCAUCCGGACAGCACCGAUUCGUAUGUGACGUACCUGGAGAGCGAUGACAAAUCCAAGCUGGCGCUGACGCCAUCCUCCUCGUCAUCGGCAUCGGCGGCCACAUCGAUCUCAUCGCCGCCGUCGUCCGCAGUGGUGGGUGGGGCUGGUGCGAAUCUUGUGGGCGUGGGCGUGGGCGUGGGCAUAGGUGUGGGCAUGGGCGUGGGCAUGGCCGAGGGCGGCAAUCCGUCGGCCACGGAGCAGCUGAUGCAAAUGCUACAGAAAGUUACCGGCUCGCCGGCAUCAGUUCUCUGAGCUUGGGAGCGUGGCGGCUGCGAUGGCGAGGUUGAGGAUGCAAGAUCAAAUGCAGUUGCUGCUGCUGCUGCUGCUGCUGUCAAACAGCGCAAACAGCGCAAACAGCUCGCGGGCUUGUGCAAUGUGGCUGAUGAAGCCGUUGCGCCUCGUCUCAGUUUUUGAUUCGGUGCCAAAAACUAGUCUCUGGGCCAAUUGCCUGGCAUUCGGAAGUGGGUCUCCAGGCUCCCUCCCUCCUCUAUAUCUCCAUCUCCUACUCCUUAUUCUUCUGUCGUUUCCGAUAUCUCCAUUCCUAUUGCUUAACACUCUAACACUACCUCUCACACUUUACCCCUGUACGGCUGCAGGUUUCGGUACACAGAAAAAAGAAAAAACGAAAAUACGGAGACGAUUUCAAGUUUCAACUUUCAUUUCAUCGUUUUCUUUGUUAUGUAAUAUACGUAAUAUUUUUGUUGUUCUUUGAAUUAAUAAUAACGCAAAAAAAUAAAAAAAAAUAAAAAAAUGAAA